AUGAGGGAAACAGAAGAAAUGGCUGACCCCUUGCAUAACGCAUAUAAGGAUGAAGGCGAUGAGCUGAGCUUGGACCUGGAAGUAGGCGACAUGCCGCUUCUGCCCCAAGGCGUGGCUCAGCCGGAACUCACACGCGACCCAUCAUUUUCGUGUACACCCUCCGGCUUUUGCAACUGGCUUCGCGGGCCGCAGCCUCCCCAUGUCUAUCAUAUUAACCCCUGGUUCCCCCGGCUGCAGGCGGCGCCGGCGCGUCUGAUUGAUCGGAAAUUUCCCCGCAAGAGCUCCAAGAUCGCAUUGCUUGCGGGCGGAUUGAUUGUUUGGAUUUUUGUCUUCUUUUUAUCUUUGAAGGCGUCGGUCGCCGGCCAAGAGGUGCCCGGGUACGGGCAGCCUGUCAAGCUGUCGUGUCACCAUCGUUUGUGGAACAAUGCAACGAACUGUGGACUUAAUGGUGAUCUCUGUCGUCCCUUUGAAGACCAGUCGUUUGCCUUCCGCUGUCCCUCCGGCUGUGCGGCGGCUAUCCUCCUGGAGCCGUACGUUGUGGGCGACCAGGAGCACAAUUACCGCCCUCUCGUAAUUGGUGGUAAGCCAUUCGAGCAAGACGACCACCUCAGUGGUACAUACCGUGGAGACUCGUCCAUCUGCGCGUCGGCACUGCACGCCGGUCUAGUAGAUGAUGCCACGGGCGGGUGUGGCAUCUUGCACCGAACCGGCGAGCAGAAAGAAUUCAUUCCUUCAAAGCAGAAUGGCAUUGAGAGUAUUGAAUUCCCCUCGAGCUUCCCAAUGUCUUUCAGACUCGCCAAGGAACCGCCAUCUUCAGGGUCCGGCGAGGCGAAGCCGAUCAAGUGCUCUGAUUCCCGAUGGGCACUUUUCGCCUUCACAUUGGUUUGGACUACCAUUUUGUCUCUGGUCGUGACUUCAGCGCCAGCCUUCUACAGUUCCAUAUAUUUUAUUGUUUGGUUCCAAGUCGCUAUGGCGUCCGACCCCCCCUCAAUGGGUAGCAUCUAUGACCUGGUGUCAAUUGCGCUUGGUCGCUUCCUGCCCGGUGCAUUCGUUGGAUUCGUGCUCUACUAUUUCUGUGUGCGUCACACAUUGAAAAACCUGGAUGCGCAUUGGGACAAGACGGUUCUGUGGUUAGGGGGCUGUUGGGUCGGCGCCCUAAACACAGACACCUUUGAUCGUAUUCCGAUCUCCCGCCUUACGCCUCACGAUAUCCAGCAGCAGCCCGGUGCACUCACUGCACUCAUUAUCGUGGUCGGGACACUCCUCGCAAUCGCAUUUGGUCAGGCGCAUUGCUACCGCCGAGAGGGCCGAUUCUUCCCCACGAUCAGUAUCUACGGUGUCCUUGUCGCGGUUGUCCUCAUCCUCGUCGCCGUGCCACACAUGAACCUACGUAUUCAUCAUUAUAUUCUGUCUCUCCUUUUCCUGCCUGGGACAACUUUGCAGACUCGUCCCAGUCUCCUGUACUCUGGUAUCCUUAUUGGUCUUUUUAUUAACGGCAUCGCCCGGUGGGGUUUCGACUCGAUCCUCCAGACCCCAGGGGCUCUCCUCGAUGGUGCCAAACUUGGCACCAUUCCCCCUAAAAUAUACCCUCCGUCCUUGACGGACAACAAUAACCUUGUUUUCUCCUUCCCGGAUGUCGCGCCUCAUGCCGAUGGUCUCAGUGUUUUGGUCAAUGACGUUGAACGAUUCCAGGCGUUCCGACCGAAGGACGAUGAGCCACUGCCAGACUUCACAUGGACCCGUACUAAUCCCAAUGAGCUGGAAUACUUCCGUUUUGGAUACGUUCAUUCCAAAGCUCUGGGUGGUCUUUGGUACGAGGACUUCUCUCCCCCCGCGACUUGGAACGCGGAUGGAAACUUCGUCUUUCCUGAUCCUGAGAUCUCCGACCCUGUACAACCUGAAGCGGACUCUACAUAG